GAACGCAGCCAGCUCCAGCGCAUGUCCUCGUUGAUUGGGUUCGAGCUGCUCCAAUGGUUUGUUGACGAAAUCGAAUCCUUGACGUCGCGCUGUGACUCGUCGCCCAUGCUUGAGCACGCAGUGUGGAUCAGAAGCCAGCUGCUGCAGCAGGGCCAGCGCGAGGAGGACUUGCCCAAGAUCCACAAGGGAUGGCUGUACUUGUGGCGCAAGGAGCAUGGCAUCAGCAUCCGCCAGGGCACCACGCACUUCCAGGUCAGCUACACGAAGGCGCUGGACCGCGUGAGGUGCAUGUUCGGGAACAUCUUUCGGCUGCGCCACCACUGGUCGCGGUGCCACCCAGGGACGGCGAUGCGAUGGUUCUCGGCAGACCAGAAGCCCAGUUGGAUGAACAACGCUGGCCGCAGACCGAUGCACGCCCGUAGAGGGUCUCGUCGAGUGGCCGCCAAGGAGAACCAUGCAGCCACCAGAGACAGGUACACGAUCCUGACGUGCGUGCAGUCUUGGCAGCCUCUGGACGGCGCGGCCCCGCCUGUGGCAGUGCUCUUCAAGGCUCAGAGCGGGGCACGCCUGCGGCAGGAGCUGGAGGAUUCAAUGGUCAUCCUGCUCGACUGGUACUCGGCCCACCUCACGGCAGAGGUGCAGCGGGCAAUCAGGGACAUGGGCCACGUGGUGUUGCACCAUGGCGGCGGCGUGACUGGGCUGGAGCAAAUCAAUGACACACACUUCCACGCCGUGGUACAGCGCCUCCUGGAGCAGAUCGAGACUCGCGUGCUGCGCAAGCAGCGGCAGGAGGACCCCUCCAAGAUCGCCAGCUUGUCCCGCCAGGACGUCAUCGACGCCGUCGCAGAGAUGUGGAUGUCCCUGGACCACCGGGGCCUCUCCGAGAAGGGGUGCCGCCAGACCGGGCCGCUCCUGGGAGGCGAUGCUGUCCCGGAGAACGUCUUCGUCGACCUCCGGCCCUUCUGGGAGGCGCUGGGCGGGCCGGCACUCUGGCGCCACGCGCGGCAGACGGUGGAUGAGAUGUGGCCCGCUGGCACGCUGUCCUCGCGGGCCGACGUUGACUUGCAGAUAGAGCACCAAAAGCCGCACCCCGGCGCGGCGCCGUCUGGCGCGGCUCCCGGUGGCGCCGCUUGCGGCUCGGCGCCGCUCGCCGCGCCUUGCCGCGCUGCCAGGGACGCCCCAGCGGCGGGCGGAGGCGCGGCGGCUGCUGCGGCGCCGUCGCCCAGCGGCGCGGCGCCGCCGAGCACUCCCGCGAGCGCCUCGGCGGCCUCGGCGGGGAGCGGUGCGGCGCCGUCAGGCGCGGCACCCGGUGGCGCCGCUGGCGGCUCGGCGCCGCUCGCCGCGCCUUGCCGCGCUGCCAGGGACGCCCCAGCGCCUGGCGCCUCCGACGCGGACGACGACUGGCUGAACGACGGCGGCUCGCUGACGGAGGGCGCCGGGCCUGGCGGCGGCGGCGCUUUGCCGGGAGAGGCCCCAGAGGCAGGCCCUGCCGGCCUGGCAGGAGACGGCGGCGCCCAGCUUGGCGGCGCCGGGAGAGACAGCGGCGGCGCAGAGCCGGGAGGGGCACCCGAGGAAGGCCCCGGCGACUUGGCAGGACUCCACGGCGGCGCGUGCACCGAGGCCGCGUACCUGUCCGCCCUGAACCACGCGAUGGUCGCGGCGCAGCAGACGCGGAACGAUCGUUUCUUGAAGAGCUGCAGAGCCGAGCUCAGGCGGAGCCAGAAGAAGAGCCGAACGUACGAGGCCCCAGAGGCGCAGCGGCUCCGGCAGGCCGCCAAGGAUGCGCAGCGGCUGCGCGAGGCGGACCGGCAGGCCGCGCGGGAGGCCGAGCGGGAGAGACAGGCGGCCGAGCGGCGCGAGGAGGUUCUCGUCGUGGACGCGAAACGGCAAGCCACCGAGGCCCGGAUGGCGGCUUUGGACAAGGCCGCCGCCGCGCGGAGGGAUGCCAAUGAGCGGCUGGCUCUGGAGGCGACCCGUCGCGCGAAGGAGCGGUGGUUGCAGGUGGACUACCCCGCGAUGUUCGCCGAGCGCUCGGUGGCGCGGAGGCGCCGCCUGCCCCCCCCGGAGGCGACGGCGCUGCAGGACAGGGUUCGCAGGCUGUUGGGCCCCUCGCGGGUCGAGCGCACGAUCCGCGUGCCGGAGUUGUGG